CCAUCAUUCGCUCGUCAGUCCUUGUUGCUAGCAUACGUCACGGAGUUCCUGUAGCGCUGCUCUCCGCACUUCUCACCCCCUCUCAGUUCUUUAAAACGGAAGUAAUCAGCACAAACAAAUACAACACAGAAAUACAAUAAUCACAGCAAUUAAAAAAACAUUUUGUGUAAAAAACCUUGCUGGUGCAAAACAUUGCCGAGUAUAGAAAUCAGAGGACAAGGAGAGAUUCCACCAUCGAUCGAUCAAUAAACUCCGGGCAGCAACUUCUACGCUACGAAGAAAACAGAAAAAGAACAAGACAAGAAAACAGCGUACAAAACAAAAAAGGAACAUAAACAAAUACAAAAAAGAAUUAAAUAAAAGACUGAGCAACGUUCAAGCAAAUCCAAGGAACAAAAAACAAAAACAUAAGCAAUCUCCACACAUUUUGUCUCUCUAACUGUGAAACUAGGCCCAAAAUAUAAACUCUAAAAUCCGAGUGGAAAAAGCGCAACUUUGAUCUCAGCACACCCGCAACCACAACCAGAAGCAAUACGAAAAGCCAGCGCAUUUCACCGCCGGAUCAGCCGCAUUAACCCCGUAUAAUGUUAAGCAGCCUCGCCUCGUAUCUCUUUGGAUCGCCAGCAACAUCCGAUUCCAUUAGCCAAGACGCCAAUCCCGCCCAGAGCCCCAGCAACAACUCGAAUCCCGGACCGACCAGCGAUCCAGCAGCUGGCGAUGUAAUUGAGGUCACCUCAUCGACGCCCUCGGUAGCGGGCAACAAUCGGGGGGCGGUACGCGCCUCCAACGGCAAGAGGGGCAAGAAUAGGCGUGGCAAGCAGCAGCGGAUCAACCAGCAACAGCAGCGGAAGCAGCCGGCCAUCACCAAGCUGCUGACGCCAUCGGGUGAGACCAUCGACGAAGAUUUCGACGAGGACGAAUGGUACAUCGUGGAGAAGGAAGACGAGGAGGACGACUCCUUGCCGCGCAGCGACUCCGAGGAGGAGCUCUCCGUGGUAGAGGUGUCGCAGCCGCGGGGCGGUGCCACCUCUUCGGGCUCCUCGGCUGCCGGCCAUGGCCCAGCGGCCGCCGCUUCCCGCCGCCGGCAGCACCUCAACUCGCAUUCCCUGUACAGUGGGCCACGGCCGCAGCAGCAGCGCAACUAUCUGCAACGCUCGCGCGUCGCCCGGCCGCUGAGCAUCAGCACCCUCAGCCCGCCCAGAAGUGUACCCGCCCAGGGAUCGGCGGAUCCUGACACCCUCAGCCAGUCGCUGUACGUGGCCUCGCCUAGCGGCAGCGACCAGGGUCAGGGCUUGGGUCUGGGACAAGGUCUCGGCCAGGGUGCUAACGUGCUGAUGGAGGAGUCCUGGUACGUAACACCGCCACCAUGCUUCACCUCGAUUGGGCCAAUCAAUAUGGAAACAUCACCAUUUGAGAAUCUAUUGAUUGAGCAUCCAAGCAUGUCCGUUUAUCGUAGUAUUAGGUCCACCCAGGAGGGCACCGAAAGUUUUGUUAAUCUUGAUCUCGGGGUGUCGGCGGAGGUGCCGCAGCAGCAGCAGCAGGAUGAUCCCGAGCCGGAGGCUGAACCGCAGGAUCAGCGCCAGGCUCUCCAGGAGCAGCGUUCUCACAACGCUCGCUACGAUCGCCAUGCGGCUGCCCAGCUGAAGCAGCAGACGCUGGCUCGUCAGAGCCAGAAGAGCAACAACAAGAAGCAGCACCAGCAGCUCUGCCGCAGUGCCAUUAAGCGGGCCAACAAGGUGCGGGACUUCCAGGCCAAGGCCAACCGCCCGCGCCGCUCUGAGAUGCAGCACUGCAAGCUGGUCAGCGGCGCCAACAACAACCGCAGCAAGUGCUGCUACUAGGCGUGCACCAACCGCACCACCCAAAAAAAAAAACAACACCACCACCACCCACACGCCUCCCAAGCCCAAACGCCGGAGGAGCAUUACAAUCAUGGCAGGCGACGCGAGGGCAACGCGUUCCGAUUUUAAUUAGUAUUUUAACUUAACCCCCAAGAUGAAACGAGAAAAUCUGCAAAACAAAAAUGCCACAAAAAUAUCAAAAUCUAGCAGCUAAAAACAAAACACACACACACACACACAUAUGUUUAAUUAAUUAAACUUAACAAUUAAUUGUGUAAAAACGAAAAACAAAAGCCACAAAAAAAUUUAACUAUCUGUGUAAAUGCGUAGGUUUUAACGUUUGCCGUUUCAAUUUCAAAACUUAUAUGAAAAAAUACCAAAAAAAUGCAAUAAAAUUUUCAAAAUGAAUAUGCAAAAAAACCCAUAAGAGGAAAAAAACACACAUGGAAAAUGACAAAAAAAACAUGUAUAAAAUAAGCAACAGAAACGAUUUUGUUAAUGUAGCUAAGAAAACUAUUUUAUUUAUUUAACAAUCAAAAAACACACACACAUACGAUUAAUUUACUGUAUGUUUUGCAACAAUUUUAUGUUUAUUUGCGUGAGAGCAAUCUCUUGAAACCGAUUUGUUUGAGUUUGUAUGAAUUUCUGUGUGUAAAGUGUAUGCUUACCGACAAGUAGGAUAUAUUGUAUUAAAACCCCUCGAACCUGAUCUAAUGUUCUAUUGUAUGCCUGAUUAUGUUGGAAAUGCGCGUGCGUAUGUAUGAAACAAAAUGUGUGAGACAGGGGACAAAAAAAGAUAAAAACAUAUAUAUAACAAAAGGAAAAAAUCGCAAUAAAAAAUGAUUAUGCUAAAACUUAAAA